CAAAUUUGCAAGCAGGACCCCGGGCCAGGGGUUUCUGGUGUGCGUCUUCCCCAAAGCAUUCGCGGUGGACAAGGUGGAUCUACACCACAAUCCUCUAUGAGACAAUUAAUGAGAAGAGCUGUUUUCAGCUGAGAAGAAAAUGAUGUUGUUGGUUCUCCUGCUGUUCCCUCAUCAUCUUCUGGUUGAUGGGAUUAUGUCUGACCCAGCUGAAACAGUAUGCAUGGGCAACGCCUGUUACACCUUCCAUCUGGAGCGAGCGAUGUUCGAAGGCGCACAGAAGCAUUGUCAAGAAAACGGAGGCAACCUGGCAGUGGUAAAAACCAAAAAGGAGGCCCGCAAAGUCCAGGAGAUUCUCACACAUCUUGGGGCAAAGCAUGAACAGAAAAUCGAUUUAAAGUUUUGGAUCGGACUGAAACUGCAUAAAGGUCAGUGCACGGUGUCCGCAAAGGAGCUACGGGGGUUUCAGUGGGUUUCUGGAGAAGAGGACACACAGUAUGCAAACUGGGAGAGAGAACCUAAAAGCACCUGCACGGAGGACCGUUGUGUUGCUGUCCAUCAUAGAAGGUUGAACGCUGAUGAUCUUGUAUGGACUGAGCGAUCGUGCAAAGAUCAUAACGGCUUCGUGUGCAAAUUUAAUUUCAGAGGCAUGUGCAAAGCUUUUCCUUUGGUGGAACCCAGUAAAAUUACCUACACAACUCCUUUUGCCCAAAGACCUGUGAAUAAGCUCACUGUUCUCCCACAUGGAACUUCUGCAGAUUUAUCAUGUGACAGUCAACAUGUAUAUUCCAUCUGUCAUGAAAAAAAUGGAUGUUUUGGCUGGACCAAUCCAGGUUCGAGUUGUGACUUCAGCAAAAAGAGCUGUAAAGAUGGACUUUGUUAUCUUCACUGUGCAAGUGCUGAUCUUCCCUCCGAGUGCCAAGAAGGUUAUGAACUUGGAGAGGAUGGAGUCACAUGCAUCCAGAAGGAUUUCUGCAAGGAUUCGCCUUGCAAAUUCAAGUGUGUUUCCGGACCUCAGAGUUACAGAUGCCAGUGCCCACCAGGGUUUCAAGUGGCCAAGGAUCAAACUAGUUGUGUGGAUGUCAACGAAUGCUCAUCUCAUGUCUGCGAUCAGCUGUGCAUUAACACAAACGGAAGUUACACUUGUCUUUGCAAAGAGGGAUACAAAAUGACUGAUGGCAAGUGCCGAGACAUAGAUGAAUGCUCUGACCAUAGGUGCCCACAGGGCUGUGUAAAUACCCACGGAUCUUUCUCCUGCUAUUGCCAUGCAGGCUUCAAUGGUUCAAAUGGCGGUCAAACGUGUGACGAUAUUAACGAAUGCCAAGGCAAUCCAUGUGAUCAUGAUUGCGAAAACACUGCUGGCAGUUAUAAAUGUUCUUGCAGAAAGGGCUUCAGAUUAGCAGCCGAUGGGAUUGAGUGCAUUGCAGACUCGAGGAUCUCCAGCUCAAAAGGAGAAGAUGAUAAAACUGAUAUUUUAAAUGAUAAAAAAUCAGAAGUCCUGGAACACACGCUUCCCCCCACCAGUAUUUCUGAACAAUCUAUAACUGUUACAUUUACAGACACAUAUAAUGUUUCUGUUGAUUCAAGUGUUUCCCAAAAUUUGAAAACUGCGGAAUCAAACAAAAGCGUGAGGAGUAUUUUCAGCCACACGUGGAUGUUCGUGAGUAUUGUAAGUUCAGUUGGUGCUCUGUUAUUUUUGAUUAUAGUGACUUCUGUUGUUGUGGUUUGCCGCCGUUAUGGUAUGCAACAAGAGAAAAAGAAACACAAGUUGACUGCUGACAGCUACUGCUGGGUGUCUUCUGGCUGUGAAGUGCAAAAAGAAAAGAUGCAGGAGCAGAAAUGACAUUUAGAUACAUGCCAGGGAUUGUUUCUCGUGCAAAAGCUUAAGGCUGUAAAGCUGUUAAAAUAAUUUACGCUUUAAGAUGGAAUAACUGCCUAAAAAUUAAAUGAUUGAAGGAAUAACUCAGUAACCCAGUCGGUGAUGAAAAUGGUUGUUUUUUUGAGUGAAUUACAUUGACGUAAAAUUGGCUAUUAUGUAUUUUGAGUGAGAAAUAAGUUGUGGUGAAUGUAAAGUUAAGUACUGUUGCAUGUUACGCAGGUUAUGGAAAUGAGUGAGUGAGGAUGCGCAGUAAAGUACAGUAAGUGUGGGCAUAAUGCUGUCCAUGUAAUUUUCAGAAUAAACUACCUAUAAAGCACAAUUCAUCAAAUUAAAGCAAAGAAAAAAAAA